GCAGUCUCCUCUGAGCUGGAAACGUCAGAUCGCCAUGUUCUACAGUAAAAAGUCUUGCGGGAGCGAGCGGAGAAUUCUAUAGUUAAAACAGGGGCUGUCGCGGAUUUCACAGCCCCUGUGAUCUCUCCGGCUGAGAUCGCAUGAACAGCCGAACACUGAAGAGCAGAGAGCAUGGAGUCCCAGGUGAAUUUGUUUGUGAGCUGUAAUGGAGAAUCCCAAAACUUUCUGGUAUCUAACUCUGAAAAUACAACUUGGGCUGAUGUAGAGACAAUGGUGUUAGUCUCUUAUGAUCUGAACUACAUCCAGAUAAAGUACAUAGAUGAGGAUAACGAAGAGGUGUCUGUGAACAGUCAAGGGGAAUAUGAAGAAGCGUUAAAGAGUGCAGUGAAGCAGGGAGGACUUCUGCGAAUUAAUGUCUAUGACAAGCAACAGCCUAGCAAGAGUGAAGAGCCUGCACAUUUUGCAGAAUUGAAUAAACCAUUGGAGACCAAAAGCUGUCCUGCUGUCAGAACUGGAAAGAGACCACUGGAGCAUUAUUCCUUGCUGGCAGGGACAGUGGAGCAAGAUAUUAAGAGGGCACACCUUUCCAGCAAUAUAAUGAGUGCAGUUAAUCCAGGAGGACUUCUGAAAAUGAAUGCCUAUGACAAGCAACAGCCUAACAAGAGCGAAGAGCCUGCAAGUUUUGAAGAACUUAAUAAACCCCUGGAGCCAAAAAGCUCUCCUGCUGUCGCAAAUGGAAAGAGACCAUUGGGGCAUUAUUCCAUUCUUGCAAGGACAGUGGGGCAAGACAUGCAAAGGGCACAAACUUCCAGUAGUGCAGCGGAGCAGCUCGCACCAGCUGAGACCAAGGAAUCAACUGUAAUCCCACCAGACUGGUUUGCCAGCUAUAUGGAAAAAUUUAAGGAACAAAUCAUACUUGAAACAGUGGAAAGGGUGACCCUGUCUCUAAGAGAGAACUCGAUGACCAACGCCAGCUGCUAUUCAUUGCCAGUUAAAGAUCCAGUAAGGCCUGCUUUUCUUGAGAACUUGUUUGACUGGCAUCUUCUCUGCAGCAAUUGUAAACAAAAGAUAAUUGGAAUACGCUAUCAGUGCAGCACCUGUGUAUCCUUUAACAUCUGUGAGCAAUGUGAAGGUGAAGGCUGCGACCAUGACCACAGCCACCUAUACUUAAAAAUGCGGAGACCAGUAGAGGCCCCUAAAGAACAAUUCAGAAUUCCUAUGCAACCAUGCCCACAGAUCAUUCCCACUGUCAGUGCCAUCUUUGUGGAUGAAAACUUACCUGAUGGAACGCAUCUUAAGCCUGGUACUAAGUUUAUCAAACACUGGAGGAUGAAGAACACUGGGAAUGUUAAGUGGAGUUUAGAUACUAAGCUAAAGUUCAUGUGGGGAAACCUGACGUUAGCAUCCACUUCAUGCAAAGAAGCUCCAGUCCCUUCCCUGCUACCAAAUGAGGUGGGAGUUUUGUCUAUAGAAUUUAUUGCCCCUGCGUUGGAGGAGACCUACACCUCCCACUGGCGCCUGUCACAUAAAGGAAAACAUUUUGGACCUCGAGUUUGGUGUAGCAUCAUUGUGGAUACCAUUGCGUGUAAUGACAUCCUAGACCAUACAGAGAAAGGCCUAUCUUCCAGGGGGAUUAACCAACAAGAGGAUGCUACAACUGGAUCUACUCAGAAUGGAGACUCUCUGGUCCAAGAUUUGGCCAGGCCCCCCACUCCUGAGACAAUAAGGAAUACAAACGGUGACAGAAAGCUGAACUUUCCAUCUGUGGAUCUUCUUACUGCUCAGGUGAAACACUGUCCCUGUUUGGUGCAGUUGGGGGCAAAGGACUUGCUCUCAUUUGAGUUGCUGGAUAUAAACAUUGUCCAAGAACUGGAACGUGUCCCUCAUAAUACUCCUGUUGAUAUGACUCCCUGCAUAUCACCUCUGACUCACGAUGGACCAUUAAUUGAAAAUGCAGGUUUGGGGCGAACAUUGGAAGAAAGUGAAAUGGCUUUGCAAAAGACACAUAAUGGACUAAGUAAGUCUCCUGAAAACAGAGAGAAUGCAGCAGCACAGGAUGAAGAAGACAUCAGCGGAACACAGUUUGUGUGUGAAACAGUGAUAAGGAGUCUGACGUUAGAUGCAGCCCCAGAUUACAAUCUGCCUCAAAGGAAGACCUCACCCCACAGUUCACUACCGUCUAUGCCACACACAAGUUGUGACUACAGUGUAAAGCAUGAAAAAAGUUUGGGACAGAAUUCUUCUGCACUCAAUUUCUCAGAACCUGUAGAACACAAGAAUGUGGAUGUUGGGAACCAACAGAAGAUACUUCCUACAGAUCUAUGUCCAGCUGAUUUAUAUGAAGAUGAUCAAAACAUGAAGGAAGAUGCUAACGAUGAAACAGGCAGCCAGGGAUCAUGUGAUUCUAUGGAGGAUUAUAUCAUUAUCCUUCCUGAGUGUUUUGACACAUCGCGCCCAUUAGAAGAAUCCAUGUACAAUUCAGCACUUUCUGAGACGGGAUGCGACACGGAAACAAAGACAGAGGCAAAGGGAGAUGAAGCCAAUAGUCAUCAGUCCCAGAGUCACAGCAUCAACGACAUUCUCACAAUAUCACAGACCUUAGAUACUGUCCCGCUUAUCCCAGAAGUGAUGAGACCCUCACCUCAAACAAGGGCACCACAGGAGAUACCAGGAGCUGCUGUAUCUAGGACAACAGAAGCUGAGCCUGCAAGCAUCCGGCAAUCUAUUCCAGAGCAAAGGAACCAAGAUUCUUCAUAUGAAAAUGCCCCAAAGUUAGAAACUACAGCUUGUACUCCAGCAUCCAGUGAACAGACUGAUCACACAAGACAGUUCACCAGUGUCAGCAUUGCAGGAGGUCUUGUGAAAGGGGCUCUAUCUGUUGCUGCUUCUGCUUGUAAGGCUUUAUUCUCUGGACAACAGGAGACAACUCUGCAGCAGCCAAGAAAUUCAGAAGAACAAGAAAGAGCCAUGAUGGCUAUCCUCUUGGAGAUGGGAUUCUGUGACCAGCAGCUCAACCAACGCCUGCUAUGUAAACACAGCUACAACCUCAUGGACGUAGUGACCGAAUUGGUCCAGAUCAAUGACAACGAUUGGUACUCUGCUCGUUACUGAGCCAGAGAAUGGAGCAGUUCUACAAUUAGACAUUUUGAAGUAAAAAGAUGUCUUGCUAGCAUUGCAUUAUACAUCUGCUUUUUUUCUUAUUGCCCCUUCAAUAUCCAUCCGUCUUUCGUUCUACCUACCACAUGUCACUGAUGAUUCAUUGUGAAGUAAAGAGAUAACUGUAUCAUUAGCUCUAGAUUCUAUGGAAGUACAAUCAGUGAAACAAAAACUGUUUCCAUUUAUAAGGAUAAAUGUGCAAUGAGCAAGAAGUGCACCCUCUGGUAUUGGCUGACACUGACUUUUUAUUGCCAGAUUGCAUGGCUGAAACUGGAAUAAAGGAGUCCAUGCACAGUA